AUGAACUCUCAAUUUAUACGUGUCGGCAUAUUGUGCACACAUCAACACAUCAUCACAACUGCUCACUCGAGACCAUUCGUCACAAAUGAUGGUGUAAUGUGGCAGGGCGAGGCCGGCGGUACAAAGGUUGUGUGGUGUGGCUGUUGUGAAUUUGUGAUAAGCAUUCAGAAUGAGCCACUAGUCGGUCCUCAAAAAGUGUUGAUUCCACCCCUACGUAUAAAUUUGGGUCUCAUGAAAAGGCUUGUCAAAGCUUUGGAUCAAGAUGGACAGUGCUUCAAAUAUUUGUAUACUUUGUUUCCUGCUCUAUCUUGUAAAAAAUUGAAAGCUGGUAUAUUUGAUAGUCCACAAAUCAUACUCCUGAUCAAAGACAAAAAAUUUAUUAAAACCAUGAUAGACAUAGAAAAACACACUUGGCACUUAAAUUUCCCAACAAACUUCGUAGCCAUGAGUGAUGAAGAACAAGGCGAACGUUUCCACCAAGACAUCAACACAAUGGAGCGCAGAUAUAAAGGCAGAUGGAACACAAGCAUGAUAGCAAACUACCCUUGGUGUGUACACUGUACAGCGUGA